UGUGUCUCUCUGGUGCUGCUUGAUGGAGGAAGAAGCUGCCGGGAAUAUGCAAACACUGAUCGCUAUUAGGAGAGUGUGUGGCAAGACUGGCCAGUGCUGACUAAAACAAUGUAACACCAAUCCCUCCUUCCCCAGCGCCCCUGCCAAAACAAUGUAAUCACACCACCACCACCGCCAGGAAUAUGCACUGAUCACUAUUAGGAGAGUGUGUGGCAAGACUGACCAGUGCCGACCAAAGCAAUGUAACACAAAUCCCUGCCUCCCCAGCGUCACCACCACCACCACCAACGCCCUCUGCCCUCACAGCACUAUUCCUUAGCCCCCAUGGAGGAAACCGAGGAGGCGCAGCUUACCCAUGCCGCCCUACGAUGGCUGGACCAGAACGGCGCCCUGACACGCCUUCAAGCUACCCUCCACGCCCGUGCCGCCCUCACGCCCAUGCCCAAGAUCAUCGCUGCCCCCGUGCACGUUGACCUCGCUCGCCUGCACGAAAUUAGUGAAAGCCUAGCGACCCUCGUUGUGGAGAGGCCGCUACGUGCACAGAAAAUCUUCCAUCACAUACUACACAUCGCCUCAGUGGCCAUUACUCUUCAAAUGCGAGCAUCCAAGGAAGAUACUGAUGACCACUGCCCUCCACCUGCCAUGCCGCCGCCGCACCCCGCCCACCCCGCCUCUCUCUACCAUGACUACGAGCGGAAGACACGUUUUGACGGAGAGGUUACGAUAGAUAAGGAAGAUCUGGACCUCACCCUUCACUCCCUGGCCUCUAACCUACCUCUUGAUGCCUCUAUGGCCAGCGAGGACCCGCACUCCGUCCUUACCGCAGCGCAGAUUUACACGCCGCUGCAGGUGGGCGGGAUGCCGUGGGUGCCAGAGUGGGUGGUGGGCAGUGUGCGGGACUUGCCUCUGCACCUUCAGGAACCAAGGCUGUCACUGGUGGGUGGCCGUGUCCUCGCUGUGUCCCUACCGUCCUCAUUCACGAAGUGGGUGCGGUACCUGUGCAGCAACCCUGGGUGUGUGGGCACUGCCAGGGACCUUCACGUGAGGGUGUUUGUCUUGGGACGGCCAGAGUCAGACACUGUUCACCAUCGCCCACCUUGCAGGAUCUGCCUCUCACCACUCUCAGAGGACCCAGCCUCGAGGGAGCUUGGAGAAAGAAUGACAGUGAUGCUGCUUCCCAGUGCCCAGAGUCACGCCCUCACACGAGACACACCCACCCGUGCCCAGGCCCUCAGAGUAGUGCUCAGGGAUGAGAUGAUGAAGGGAGUGGAGCCUGGCCAGGUCCUGGAGGCCACAGUGAUGGUGUCUCCUCAGAGGUUACCCCAGUUUCCCUCCCUAGAGGCUAUGUAUGUGCAUCCACCCCCACCUCUGCUGCCUCCUGCCACCCUACCCCCGGUGUUGAGGCAGUUGGUGUCAGACAGGCAGUCAUCCCCGUGGUCUCUUGUCCUCACACUGGCCUACAUGUUUGCUGCCUCAGUCACCCCCGCUGGCACCUUCCACUCCCUCAAGCUGGCAUUGUUGCUCUCUCUUGCUUCCUGCUCCUCCAAGAAAGCAGGGUUAGCAGUCCUUGCAGUGGGCACCAACACCACACUACUACUCCGUCUACUGUGGUGGUGUGCCCGCUAUGCCCCACAUAGCAUGAUCCACUCCUCCCUGGACCCUGUGACGGCCUCCUGCAGCAGAGAGCCGGAUGGGGCGUUGUGGGUGCAGGGUGGGUCACUCCUGCUGGCACGUGGAGGUGUGUGUGUCCUUGGGGAGUUCUCAAAGUUCAGGAAUGAUGUUCGGAGGAAGGUUUGCAGAGUGCUGGAAAGUGGAGUGGUGCAGGUGGAUUGUAGUGUCCGCCACCACCACCACACGGGCCCGUCCCUCACCUACCCCCUGCGUGCUGCCGCCUGGGCCUGCUAUGACCCUGCCAGUGCCAAGGCGUCAACGGCAAUGGAGACUGAGGAUAAUUUUCUACACGUGCCACUCGGGGACCUCACCAAGUCCAUUACUGAUGUGUUCGGCCUGGUGGUGUACACAGAGACGCCUGGUGGAGAGUGUGAGAAGGAGGCAGAGGAGGUGAUCACUUUCCACACACUGCUGGGCGCCAUGUCUCCCUCCCCCUCUGAGGACUUGCUGCUUCCGAAGGACCAGAUGAUUCAGUACCUGAGAAUGGUGAGGAACAUGGCAGUGGAGUUCAGCCCCACAGCAGAGAGGCUCAUCAGAGGGUACUAUGUGGCCACCCGACGGCUGAGGGGAGACUGUAUGCAGCAGGGGUCCCUUGUCCCCAUCACUGCCAUACACACCCUCACUCAGGUUGCCUCCAGCCACGCCCGCCUGGCCCUGCGCACCACUGUGGAGGGCUGGGAUGCUGCUGCUGCUGUGUUGCUGUGUGAGGAAGCCCUGGCGGCACACUCUGGCUACUCACUGCUUCAGGUCACGCCUACGCCACACCUCUCUCCCAAUGCUGACCUUCAUACUCUUGUGGGCAGGAAGAAUGAUGAACGUAUGACCAGAUUUCAAAAGACACUGGAGGAGUUUGUCAGCACCCACACUGGGGAUAUUCCUGGGGCCCUCUAAGCACACCAGGACCUUCUGCGCUAUACUAAGGGAACCCACAGUGAGCCCUUGCUAGCUGAUAUGCUGUGUUGUGUCUCCGAGUCCUGACUGAUUUGACUGAUAUGGAUUACUUAAUUGUGAUGCACUAGUUGUUGAGUUUAUUGUUAAGUUCAAAAUGUUUAGUUGUAUUCUCAAGGAAGUUAAGUUGAAUUGUUUAGUUGCUCAUUAUUUUGUCUUGCAUAAUGAGAAUGUGGAUUUAUUUUUUGACUGAGCUAUAAAAGAUUAACCUCCCUUAUGUGCAGCAGUAGGCCCUUUAUUGAUGUAGUAAGGGAAUCCAGUUAGUCCUUGGUAACUAACUGACAAGCCCAGAUGCUACAUUGUGAUGCUAAUUAUACAAGUCUUGAGUUUGAAUGCUUGCUUGUUUUCUCAUGGAACUAGUUACUUUGAAUUGUUUAGCUCAUCCAUCAUUACUUUAUUUUGUUUGAUGAGUGUGGAUUUGCUUGACUGAUGCACUAAUUAUAUAAAAAUUGAGUUUAGUUUUGCAUGAGAGUGGAUUUAUUUCCUAACCAAGUACUAAGGUUGGUAUCUGAUUACAAAAGUAAUUAGAGAGGACCCAUAUACAGCAUCAUGUGCACUACUACCUUUGUCUACUCAUGCAGUGCUCCACUAUGCAAUAUAAAUAUGCAUACCUUUCUACAUAUGAUCUUUUGCAAUGUAGAUGUAUUGGCAAGUACAAAUGUUAGAACAAGGUAGACAGUAAGUAAUGCCAGCUUGCCUGUGUCCAUUUAAGUUCCUGAAUUGGCUUUCGUGACACUAUUGUAAUUUUUGGAAUUAAGUUUAUUGUUAUUUGAUUGUAUGAAAUUAAAUAUGUACUCAGGAA